GAGCUUCCUCAACCACCCUCUCCCCAACCGGGACUACCCAGUCUCAAACCCCCCUUUGCUCACGCACCCAAACCCAAGAACCAGGGAAUCAGCUCUCAAUGCUCGUUCUCCCCGGCUCCUCGGCCAUCACGCCCACGCGCCGCGCUACCCUCCUCGCGGCGCUGCAGAAGGCGCUGCCCUCCAUCACCUCGGUCGACGCGGUGCACCUGCACCUCGUCAACCCGGUCGAUGACAAGGCCGCGGGCGAGCUCGCGACUGCCGGCUCUGAGCCGCGCGGCAUCCUCAACGAGCUGUUCGCGUACGGCGACGACGACCGCCUCGACUCGACCAAGGCGUUCCUCGACUCGGGCGUCGCCGAGGGCACCCUCGCCCUCUAUGUCCUCCCCCGUGCCGGCACCAUCUCCCCCUGGAGCUCCAAGGCCACCGACAUUGCCAAGCUCUGUCGCCUCCAGAACCACGUCGCGCGCCUCGAGCGCGGCGCGCUCUAUCUUAUCACCGCGCCCAAGGCGGUCACCCUCCCCGAGGUCGCGCCCGAGCUCCACCUCAUCCACGACCGCAUGACCCAGCUCAUCCACACCAGCCUCCCGGACCCGACCACCAUCUUCCCUUCGUCGCACCCCACGCCCGACCCGCUGGUUACCGUUCCCAUCCUCGGCGCUGCUGAUCCGCUUGCGGUGCUUGGCGAGGCUAACGCUCGUCUCGGUCUCGCCCUCUCCGAGGAGGAGAUCCCUUACCUCGUCGAGAGCUUCACCGCCGCUGGCCGCAACCCCACCGACGCCGAGCUCUUCAUGUUCGCCCAGGUCAACUCGGAGCACUGCCGUCACAAGAUCUUCAACGCCAAGUGGACCAUUGACGGCAAGGACAAGGACAACUCGCUCUUCGGCAUGAUCCGCAACACUGAGAAGUCGGUCAAGUCGCACGCCACCAUCUCGGCCUACCAGGACAAUGCUGCCGUCGUCGACGGCUUCAAGGCCCCCCGCUUCGCUGUUGACGGUGGCGCCGACAACAAGUACGCCGCCGGCGAGGAGAACGUCCCCAUCCUCAUCAAGGUCGAGACUCACAACCACCCCACGGCCGUCUCGCCCUACCCCGGUGCCGCUACCGGCUCGGGCGGUGAGAUCCGUGACGAGGGUGCUACCGGCCGUGGCUCGCGCCCCAAGGCUGGUCUCGCCGGCUUCACCGUCUCCGACCUCCUCAUCCCUGGCAGCACCCAGCCCUGGGAGUCGGACAUUGGUCGUCCCUCCCACAUCGCCUCGGCUCUCGACAUCAUGAUCGAGGCCCCUCUCGGUGCGGCGGCGUUCAACAACGAGUUCGGUCGCCCCGCCCUUGGUGGUUACUUCCGUACCUUCCUCCUGGAGGUCCCGGCCCCCAACGGCGAGCCCGAGUGGCGUGGCUACCACAAGCCCAUCAUGAUCGCUGGUGGUCUCGGUACCGUCCGCCCCCAGUUUGCCGUCAAGACUGGCCUCCACGCCGGCGACAAGGUCAUCGUCCUCGGUGGCCCUGGUAUGCUCAUCGGUCUCGGUGGUGGUGCCGCUUCGUCCAUGGCCAGCGGUGCUUCGUCCGCCGACCUCGACUUCGCCUCGGUUCAGCGUGACAACCCGGAGAUGCAGCGCCGCUGCCAGCAGGUCAUCGACGCCUGUGUCAACCGUGGUGACAAGAACCCCAUCGAGUCGAUCCACGACGUCGGUGCUGGUGGUCUCUCCAACGCUCUCCCCGAGCUCGUCCACGACUGCGACCUCGGCGCCGUGUUUGAGAUCCGUGAUGUUCUCGUCGAUGACCCGAAGAUGUCGCCCAUGGAGAUCUGGUGCAAUGAGUCGCAGGAGCGUUACGUUCUCGCUGUCAAGCCCGAAAACCUCCCCAUCUUCGAGGAGCUCUGCAAGCGUGAGCGCUGCCCCUUCGCCGUUGUCGGCACCGCUACCAAGGAGGAGCGUCUUGUUGUGACUGACCGCCUCCUCGGCGACGAGCCCAUCAACAUUCCCAUGUCUGUUCUCUUCGGCAAGCCCCCUCGCAUGCACCGCCACGGUGACACCGUUCACCCCAGGCGCGACGCCUUCGACUCGUCGCUCAAGGCCUACGUCCCUGACGCACACCUCGCCACCGCUGUCGACCGUGUCCUCCACCUCCCCAGCGUCGGCUCCAAGCAGUUCCUCAUCACCAUCGGUGACCGCUCCAUCACGGGUCUCGUUACCCGUGACCAGAUGGUAGGCCCCUGGCAGGUCCCCGUUGCGGACGUGGCCGUUACCCGCUCGGCCUUUGGCUUCGACGAUGUCGUUGUCGGUGAGGCUAUGGCCAUGGGUGAGCGCACUCCCCUUGCCCUCCUCAACGCUGGUGCCUCGGCCCGCAUGGCCGUCGCCGAGUCCCUCACCAACCUUGUCGCCGCCUCGGUCCCCGACCUUUCGGCCGUCAAGCUCAGCGCCAACUGGAUGUCGGCUGCCUCGACUGAGGGCGAGGGUUCGCGCCUCUACGAGGCCGUCGAGGCCAUCGGCAUGGACCUCUGCCCUGCCCUUGGUGUCGGUAUCCCCGUCGGCAAGGACUCGAUGUCCAUGUCGAUGCGCUGGUCUGGCGAGCACGGCAAGCAGAACACUGUUACUGCCCCUCUCUCGCUCAUCGUCACUGCCUUUGCCGCCGUCGACAACGUCGAGCGCACCUGGACCCCCGCGCUCCGCACCGACGCUGGCGAGUCUGUCCUCGUGUUUGUUGACCUUGCCCGCGGCAAGCAGCGUCUGGGUGGUUCGGCCGUCGCUCAGGUCUUCAAGCAGCUCGGCUCCGAGUCCCCCGAUGUUGAGGACGCUGCCGAGCUCAAGGCCUUCCUCCACGCUGUCCAGGCUCUCAAGUCGACCGACACGGUCCUUGCUUACCACGACCGCUCGGACGGUGGUCUUCUCACCACUGCUGUCGAGAUGGCCUUUGCCGGCCGCACUGGUGUCGAGCUCUCGGUCGACGCCAUCAACAAGUCGGGCGACGUUGUUGCCGCCCUCUUCAACGAGGAGCUCGGUGCCCUCUUCGAGGUCCGCACUGCCGACCUCGGUGCCUUCACCGACGCCUUCGUCAAGGCUGGCUUCCCCACCCAGUCGAUCCACUCGGUUGGUCGCGUCCUUGGCCGCGAGAACCAGGCCGUCACUGUCAUCCAGAAGGGUGCCAUUGUCUUCGAGUCUACCCGUGGCCAGCUCCAGCAGGCCUGGGCCGAGACGUCGUUCCGCAUGCAGUCGCUCCGUGACGAGCCCAAGGGUGCUCAGCAGGAGUUUGAUGCCAUCCUCAACGACGCCGACAACGGUAUCAUCUACGACAUCAAGUUCCCCUUCCUCCCCGAGGUUGCCCGCCCCCUCUCUUCGCCCCCCAAGGUCGCCAUCCUCCGUGAGCAGGGCGUCAACGGCCACAUUGAGAUGGCUUGGUCGUUCCACGCCGCUGGCUUUGACGCCAUCGACGUCCACAUGUCGGACGUCAUUUCGGGCAAGGUUCCCUUCGGAGCCUUCAAGGGUAUCGCCGCCUGUGGUGGCUUCUCGUACGGUGACGUUCUCGGUGCCGGUAGCGGUUGGGCCCGCUCGGCUCUGCUGAACCCCACGGCUCGUGCCGAAUUCACCGCCUUCUUCGCCCGCGAGGACACCUUCGCUCUUGGUGUCUGCAACGGCUGCCAGUUCUUCUCGCAGCUGCACGACAUCAUCCCCGGCGCCGAGUCGUGGCCCACGUUCAAGGCCAACCGCUCGGAGCGCUUCGAGGGCCGUGUCGCGACCGUCGCCAUCACUGCCGAGGCCGCCAAGUCGGUCCUUCUCAAGGGCAUGGAGGGCUCGACCCUCCCCGUCGCCGUCGCCCACGGUGAGGGCCGCGCCUCGUUCGCCGACCACGGCGACCUUGCUGCUCUCAACGCCGCUGGCCUCGUCCCCGUCCGCUACGUUGACCACGAAGGCAAGGUCACGCAGCGCUACCCCCUCAACCCCAACGGCUCGCCCGAGGGUAUCUCGGCCAUCCAGACCCCCAGCGGUCGUGUGCUCGCCAUCAUGCCCCACCCCGAGCGUGUCGUCGCGGCCGAGUCGAACUCGUGGUUCCCCGUCGACAAGCGCGGCGAGUGGAAGGGCAAGGGACCCUGGUUCCGUCUCUUCCAGAACGCCUACGCGUUCGCCACGUCCGCUUAAGCGAGCAACUGUGCACUCUGUGUGUGUUUGUAUAGAAGAAACAACAAAAAUCGCGCCAUUCACCUGGCCAGAACCUAGAAAAACUCAACCCACCCCACCAUACCACAUAUUUUGGAUCAUGCAUCUUGUCAGAC